AUGGAUUUUGAUGCCAAAACUUUGAAUUCUUUUUCAAUUGCUUCAGAUUUUACAAAUACACUAAAUGGAGGAAAGGAUCCUUAUUUGAUGACAUUUGAUCCAAUCGCUUUUAGAUACAUUGGUCGGCGUGUCGUUGGUUCAUCUACUCAACGAAAAUUCACAAAAUUGGGCGAGGACUUUAAUCUUUGUUUUAAAUUGAUUAAAAGUGAUUCAAAGCUCGUAAAAUCGUUGCUGUUUAGUUAUGGAUUUUUACAGUGUUCGAGCAAAAAUCUUUACUGCAACUUGAUUUGGACAAACACCCAUUUAUCAACAAAUUCGAUGCGACAAUUAAAAUCCUGGCAAAGAAUGAACCAUUUUCCUAGGAGUUGGAUGCUUACGAUUCCUGAUUUCUUCUGCACGCCCUUAAACGAUAAAAACUGCACAAAACUGGUCAACUGCUGCAAAGAAAUUGAAAAUGGCAAACAAUCUCCAUUUAUUGUUAAACCUGCUGGUGGCUCUUUUGGCAAAGGAAUUUUCUUUUUAAGCAGGGCUGAAGAGGUUUAUUCAAUCGACUAUAGUCAAAAAUGGGUUAUUUCACGUUAUAUUGAACGCCCUUUAUUGAUUAAUGGAUUAAAAUGGGAUUUGAGGAUUUAUGUUCUUGUCACUUCUUUUUACCCUUUGAUUGUCUACAUGUACAGUGAUGGAUUGGCUCGUUUUGCUGUUCAUACUUACAAGGAUGGAAAAACUAAUUUUGAUGAUUUAAAUCAACACUUGACAAAUUAUAAUGUUUUUAGAAACAACGAUUGUUCUGUAGAAGAUAUGGGUCAUAAAUGGACUUUGGGAGCAUUGCUAAGACAUUUGGAAGAAAAUUCUGGUAUUGAUACUGAAUUAUUGAUGGUACGCAUUGAGGAUAUAGUGAUUAAAUCACUUUUAUCUAUCCAACCGCGAGUUGCUGCAAUGUGUAGAAAAUUAAAUUUACAUCCAAAAUGUUGUUUUGAACUUUUUGGUUUUGACAUACUGGUAGAUGAACAUUUGAAGCCUUGGUUACUUGAAAUAAAUUUGUCUCCAAGUUUAUCAUGUGAUGCUCCACUCGAUACUUUAUUAAAAACGCAUCUUUUUUGUGAUGUGUUAAAUGUUGCUUCGAUACCUUUGGUUAACGAUAGAAACAUGGAAAAUGAAUGUUAUUUUAGUGAUGAAGAAGAUGAAGUGGCUGAUGAAGGAAGUAAACGAAGGAAAAAACAGUCUAAUGAUGAAAAAUUGGAUAAUGGAAAUGAACAAGAUUUGAAAAAUUCUUUUCAUCCUCAAACGCCUUCAACGAGUUCUUUAUUAUCUACUUCAUCUGUGAAUCACUUUGUUACACUGAAGGAUGAUGAUGACGUGUUACAACAAUGUUCUUCCAGUAAAAACGAAAAGGAAAAAUCGAAGCAAUUACCUAGAGCUUCUAAAAUUAAAAGAAUGCAGACACCACAAAAGGUAACCUUCUCUUCCGAGAGAAUGUCAGCAUUAUAUUUAGAACGUGUUGAACUACUUUUUGAAAAAUUAAAGUUAGAAAAUAAACGACGUGGUCAUUUUAAUAGAAUAUUUCCUAGAAGAACAACUUGGCGAAUGUAUUGUUCAAUUUUGGAAGAUUGUGGUCAAGAACAAUGGGAUAAAGCCUUACACACUUUAUUGUCUGCUGAAUAUAAUCAGGACACGACACCUCCAAAAUUAACAAUGUACGAUGUUCAAUUAACCCAUGAACAAUUAAUGAAUGCCGAAAAAUAUCAAAAAAGAGAAUUGUUGGAUCCAUCAGUUUCAAACAUUGCACUGGCUGAAGCACUUGAAGAAGCAAAAUGUUAUAAAAAGAAGAAAGUUUAUACAACUGCAAGUUGUAGUGGAGAUUUUAGACCAUAUCCUUCUGCUCUUCCAAAAUUGCGUCCAUCAGCUAGAAGAAGAACAAAAAGUCAAUGUUUAGCAGAUGAAUUAAAACAAGAAAAAUUGGAAAAGAAAAAAGAAGAAAUGGCAGCAGCAGCAACAACAACAACAGCUUCAACAUCUUUAAAUAUUUCUUCAAAUUCUCCAACAGCUCCAUUACUUGAACUUGAUCCAAAUUUGCCUUCUUUAUCUUUAUUAAAAGAAAAUGAAGGAAAUAAAUUUAUUACUAUUAAUGAAAAUCAAAAAAUGAAGAAUAAAAAUGGUGUUAAGUGA